AUGAAUGAUGAUCAAUGUAUUGGUGUUAUUGGCUCUGGAAAUAUGGGUCUUGCCAUUGCGUAUCGUUUAUUUUUAAGUGGAUUUCGUGUAGUAUUAGGUAGUCGUUCUCCAGCCAAGCGACAAGGUACAAAAUAUGAAGCAAUUACCAUUGUUGAAUGUAUUCGACGUUCGUCGAUUAUUUUUGUAGCUAUUCAUCCUGAAAAUUAUAAGGAUUCUCUCAUUUCAUGUCUCAAUGAUGAACCGUCAUUAUUCGAUGGCAAAAUUCUUAUUGAUAUAUCAAAUCAAACUUCUGAAAAAAUACAUCAGGAUGAUUUGUCCAAUGCGGAACAACUUCAGCAGGCAAUACCCAAUGCUUUUGUUGUCAAAGCAUUUAAUACUGUAUCAUCAUUUGUCAUCCAAAGUACAACAGCAGGUGAAUCACACAAUAUUCUUGUUGCAAGUGAUCAUUCAAUAGCUAAAGACAAAGUAAUUGCACUUGCACGUGAAAUGAAUUUUGAAUCGUUUAAUGCGGGUUCAAUUCGAGCAGCACGGCGUCUAGAAAGUGACACUAAAUCUCUAUUUCCUCAAUGGCGAAUUCCUGUUCUUUUUGCAUUGUUUCUGUUAUGUAUCUGGCUUACUUACAUACUCUGCAUGUACUAUAUCAAUUAUGGAGGAAGUUCAUGGAACCAGCUCUUUUUAACUAUGAUGAAUAAAGCAUUAGGUCCAUGUGUCAUCACUAUGUUAGCUAUUGUAUACAUGCCGUCGAAUCUUGCAUGUAUCUUUCAAUUAAGUUAUGGAACACGAGAUCGACGAUUUCCAGCAUGGUUAGAUCGAUGGAUGUUAAGCAGAAAAUAUCUAGGUCUAUUGACAUUUGCUUUCGCUCUUUGUCACGGUCUUUUCACGAUUAUUCUUCUAUCACCUGCUUAUAUACCUUCAUGGUUUCAUUCUACUAAAAUUCAGGUAAUGACCAUUCACAAUCAGACUCGACUCAUCGUUCAAGGUAAUCUUAUGACUGGAACAGGUGAAAUAGCAGCUCUACUAGGUGUUCUAACUGUACUUAGUAUGUCUGUUUUGGCUAUAACAAGUAUUCCUGCAAUCGGUACUUUAUUGAAUUGGCGAGAAUGGCGUUUUGUACAAUCAAAGCUUGGUACUGUAACUUUGUUACUUGCUAUUGGACAUGUCGUUGCAGUAGGAAUACCAUUCUGGUUUCCAUUGACUGUGGCCAAAGCAUUCUAUAAUCUUUCUUCGUUAUGCUUAUAUCUUCCGAUCCUAACUAUUCUACUAAAAUUCAUUUUCUGGUUACCCUGCUUCAGCCGUCCGCUGUACAGAAUCCGUCGUGGACAAGAAACAAGCAAAGCUACUCAAUCCAAUCAAACCUUAAAAAUAUAA